AUGGGUGUGCCUGUCGGGGCAUCGUUGCCUCCCACCCGGCUGGUCGAGUUUAUCCACGACGGAAUAUCGUAUCCAGUCCCAUACAAUUACGACCUGGACAACGAAGCGAAUUCAUUUGUGAACCCCUUGACCGGCCACAAAAUGGCACGUGGGGUGAUUGAUUGGUUCUUCUGCAAGGGUGAGGUUUACACUGAUGGUUAUACCGUCACCAAACCAAUUCAUUUCCCCUUCACUUCCGGGGAACUGAUGGCGGCGUCGAUAAGCAUCUACAGCUGUGAUUCAAGUAUUGCCCCGCGAGAUGCGGCGGCGCCUGAUGCUCAGAAUGUUUCUACGGUUUUCUUCGACUUUUCACAACUUCAUUUCCCGUCGCUCGGUCCCAAGAUGGUAGGCGGACAAGUUCACUAUGAUCUGCAGGUUAUCGUCCGGUUCCGUUUCGACGGGUGCAAUGAACGUGGUGUGUUUGAAGUCACUGCUCAAGGACGGUCUCUUUCCACCUUGGAGUUGGAUCUCAAUUAG